UUCGCUUAGUACAGUUGUGGCAAUUCAGUGUUGCUUUCACUGUAUCCUACUAAAUACACCCCAAAUCACGCAUUACUUCGGGUCGAGGGCGAUUGGUGGAAGAUAACAGAACUAGGGUUCCUUUCCACCGCGAUCGAAGCUCUCGGAAUAUCUCUUGGUCGAGAAGGAAGCGGAGGAAGAGCCCUAGUUCCUUGGAUCGGCAUUGAGAUCGCAUGCCCAUUUUUUCCUUUAUUUCUUCUUGAACUGGGUUUUUGAAUGUGAGACAAUCAGAUCCAGGAUGUCAGAUCUGUACGACGACGAUGGGGAGAGGAUCUAUGUGGGCGCUGUCGGGGCGAAUGCCCCGCCGCAGACGGCGUCGGUUCUGACGGCGUCUGCGUCAUUCAAGGGUGAAGGGAGGGCAUCAUCUGCUUUGAGGCGUAGGGCUUCAAUGAAGCCCAACUUGGACAUGGAGGAGUUCUUUAAUCUUCUCCAUGGCUCAGAUCCGGUGAAAGUCGAACUCAAUAGGCUCGAGAAUGAAUUGAGAGACAAAGAUCGAGAGUUGUCCGAAGCACAGGCAGAGAUCAAGGCUCUACGGCUGUCUGAACGUGCUAGAGAGAAGGCCGUGGAAGAGCUAACAGAUGAAUUGAACAAGAUGGACGAGAAGCUCAAGCUAACUGAAUCACUUCUAGAAAACAGAAAUCUUGAAAUUAAGAAGAUAAAUGAUGAAAAGAGAGCAGCAUUGGCUGCUCAGUUUGCUGCCGAGGCAACUCUUAGAAGGGUCCAUGCAGCUCAAAAAGAUGAUGAUAUGCCUCCUAUUGAAGCGAUUCUUGCACCCCUUGAGGCAGAAUUGAGGAUAGCACGACAAGAGAUUGCAAAGUUACAGGAUGACAACAGGGCAUUAGAUCGACUCACUAAAUCAAAAGAAGCUGCAUUAUUGGAAGCAGAAAGGACUGUUCAAAUUGCUUUAGCCAAGGCUGCCAUGGUAGAUGACCUUCAAAACAAGAAUCAGGAGUUAAUGAAACAGAUUGAGAUAUGUCAGGAGGAGAACAAGAUUAUGGAUAAAAUGCAUCGACAGAAGGUUGCAGAGGUUGAAAAGCUUGGCCAAACAGUGCGAGAACUAGAGGAGGCUGUUCUUGCUGGUGGUGCAACGGCAAAUGCUGUUAGAGAUUACCAACGGAAAGUUCUGGAAAUGAGUGAAGAAAUGAAAACACUUGACCGGGAACUCUCUCGGGCAAAGGUUUCAGCUAAUAGGGUUGCUGUGGUAGUGGCCAAUGAUUGGAAGGAUGCUAGUGACAAAGUAAUGCCUGUUAAACAAUGGCUCGAGGAGCGUAGAUUCAUGCAGGGAGAAAUGCAGCAACUUCGAGAUAAGUUUGCUAUAGCAGAACGGACUGCAAGAUCUGAAGCUCAAUUGAAAGAGAAGUUCCAAUUGAGGCUUAAGGUUCUGGAAGAGGGAUUGAGAAUGUCAGGGAAUGGUACAGUUCGUGCCAGCGUAGAGGGGAAGAGUGUAAGUAAUGGUCCUUUACGUCGCCAAUCCCUUGGUGGAGCUGAGAAUAAUCCAAAGAGUGUUAACGGCUUCCUAUCUAAGAGACCAUCUUUUCAGAUGAGAUCUUCUGUUUCUAGUAGCAUGGUACUGAAACAUGCCAAAGGGGCAUCAAAGUCAUUUGAUGGUGGGACAAGAUCAUUGGAGCGUAGCAAAGCCAUUGGGAAUGGAACAAGAGUGUCUCUAAAUAGAUCGUCUGAUGCAACUGGAGAUACUCUCUCACCUGAUAGGUGGAAGGAAACCCCAUCUGAGAAAACCUGUGAGCUUACUAAUGCUGAGUCAGAAGAUUGUGUCUCCGGACUAUUGUAUGAUAUGUUACAGAAGGAAGUAAUUACAUUAAGGAAAGCAUGCUACGAGAAGGACCAAAGCUUAAAGGACAAGGACGACGCCAUUGAGAUGCUGGCCAAGAAAGUUGAUACAUUGACUAAAGCAAUGGAAGUGGAGGCAAAAAAGAUGAGGAGGGAAGUAGCUGCAAUGGAGAAAGAGGUGGCUGCUAUGCGGGUGGAAAAAGAACAGGAUAACAAGUCAAAACGGCUUGGUGUUGGUGGUACCAAGGGUCCAUCUGCAAGCUCUCAAAUGCUGCCUGGAAGGACUGUCCCAAGAAGUGGAUUGAUGCGCAAUCUUUGACAACGAAAUACAAGGUCGUAAAGUAUCUAGAAGAGAUUCUGCAUCAGGCUACUUCGUCCAUGGUAAAUUUCCCUCCUUAUCUACUUUGUUUCCUUUUAGACUGAACCCAGCACCAGACGACCUUGCUUCAAUGUUAGGGAGCUGCCUACUGAAUGAGCUCUAUUUGCAGCUGACUUUAUCUAUGGUUAGCUUUUGCCAGUGAUGCUUGGGUUUAUUGUUUGCUAACUCCAUGACCUGUUAUUUUGGGGGGACAAUAUGCCUUAUUUGUUUGUAUAGCCUGGUGUGUCCUCGUUAUUUGGCGUUUUGCAAGAUGCCAAAGUAUUGUAAUCUCUUAUGUUUUUCACUUCUUUUCGAGGGAUGCCAACGUGGUACUUUUGGAUGUGUGUCAUGCAUUCUCA